AAUAUCGGUGGAUUAGUGAAAAAGGGAGGGGCAGUUAAGAGAGAGAGAGAGAGAGAGAGAGUCCCAUCUGUUUCUUGUUAAACCUCCACAGAGUCGGCUGCUAUUCUCUCUCUCUCUCUCCUCUCUGAAUCCGCCGCCACUCCUUCACCAAUCAAUCAGCAUGGCAUGGCUGAGCCGCGUGAGAGGAGUUUUGCCGCUUUCAAGGCUCGUAGCGACGCGCCGAUCGUUCGGAUCAUCGGCGGCAGUGGCGUUUGACUACGACUCCGAUGACGAGGAGUACCUGUACGGUGGCAAUCGGCGUUUGGAGGAGCCGAAACUGGAUUUAGAGAGGUAUGGGACGGAGAGGGGAGUCCAAUGGGUGGUGAUGGGGGCGCCGGGAGCAUGGAGACACGUCUUCGCAGAGAGGCUCUCAAGCCUUCUUGAAGUUGCUCACAUUUCGAUGGGAUCGCUGGUCCGUCAAGAGCUAAGCCCUACAUCUUCUCUCUACAAGCAGAUUGCUAGUUCUGUUAAUGAAGGAAAGCAUGUUCCCAAGGGUCUUGUGUUUGCUCUGCUAUCAAAGCGCCUUGAAGAAGGCUAUGCAAGGGGAGAAUCAGGUUUCAUUCUCGAUGGCAUUCCCCGCACUCUUCAUCAAGCCGAAACUCUUGAUCAAAUCGCUCAUAUUGACCUCGUUGUGAAUCUUAAAUGCUCUGAGGACCAUCUGGUAAACCGAUCUGCUCUUAGCGAAACACCUCUACCUCCCCAGGAGUUCCUCGGCUCUAUCUUACACUCAUCUGUUGCAAUCAAAGCCCGGAGGGAGAGCCUGAGUGUCUACGCUGAGGAGGUGAAGCCCCUGGAAGAUUACUACAGAAAGCAGAGGAAACUUCUGGACUUUCAUGUCGGCGGUGCUACAUCAGCAGAAACAUGGCAGGGCUUAUUGUUAGCCUUGCAUCUGAAGCAGGCUAAUUUGGCGACUUCACAGAAGCUGACUCUGUGAUGACGAUGAACACAAGCAUCGUCUAAGCUUUGCUUUAUAAAUUUUGAUCCUUUUCUUUUCAUUUUUGAUGGGACUGUGUGUCUCGGUCGGGCACUACCUGAUUUUUCUUUUGCUUUCACAAUAUAUAUGCAACUCAAAAAGUUUUGCGAGAGAUCUCCAAAAGUGAUGAGGAUGAAACACAUAAAGCUUGUAAUGAGUCUAUAAAUAUAUAGAGUGUAAUAAUUUCCCUAUAACCAAAUAUUGUCAAUGAUUGGCAUUUGUUAAUUAACAAGUCUAGAUUUGCUUCA